AUGUCUCCCCAUGUCGACCAACCGAGCACCAAUGGUCAUGAUGCUGUUGAUCCAUAUACCAUUCAGAAUACCUUCCUGGGCUAUCGUCGGCCCAUAAAGAUCAUUGUAAUUGGUUUUGGCAUGUCCGGUAUCAACCUUUCAUACAUUCUCGGGAAGCAAACAAAGAACAGCAAUAUCACGUUGCAGUUCUACGAGAAAAACCCAGAGUUGGGAGGAACAUGGUUCGAGAAUAAAUACCCUGGCUGUUCUUGCGAUAUUCCUGCAGUGAACUACCAAUUCAGCUGGCAUCCUAGUCCGGACUGGACAAGUUUUUACGCACCAGCCCAAGAGACUCUGGCUUACUUGAAAGAGGUGGUUGCCCACCACAAUCUCGACACCUCUGUCAAGUACAACCACCGGCUCACCGGUGCAUGGUGGGAGCAAGAUCAAAAUCGGUGGAAGGUUAAGGUCCAACCCAACGAUGACCCUGCUUCAGAGUUCUUCGACUAUUCCGACAUUCUGAUCAACGCCACUGGCGUAUUGAAUAACUGGAAAUGGCCAGCAGUUCCUGGCCUCGAGAAGUUCAAGAACAAGGUUCACACGGCCGCUUGGGAUGACAACAUUGAUCUGAAUGACAAGGUCGUUGGGGUUGUUGGCAAUGGCAGCAGCUCUGUACAAGUUGUACCCGCAAUAUAUGACAAGGUCAAACGAGUCGUCGCUUUCAUGCGUUCGCCAACAUGGGUCACGGCGGGAUAUGCCCCCAAGUUCGCUGGCGAGGGUGGCUCCAACUUCCGAUAUAGCGAAGAGCAAAAGAAAACCUUCGCACAAAAUCCAGAAGAGUACCUAGCGUACCGUAAAGCGGUUGAGAGGGAGAUGAAUUCAACAUUUGCGAUUAUGAUCAAAGGCACAAAGGAGCAACUGGAUGCUUAUGAAUUCGCGACGAAUGAGAUGAAACGGAAGUUAAAGAAGAAGCCGGAACUAGCUGAAAAGCUAAUCCCCAAUACGUUCCCCGUAGGCUGCAGGAGACCAAACCCUGGUCACGGGUAUCUCGAGGCGAUUUCAAGCGAGAAGUGCGAUGUCGUCUUCUCGGGGAUAGCCGAGAUUACCGAGGAGGGGAUCAUCUCCGAGGAUGGAUCAACGCACAAGGUAGAUGUCCUCGUUUGUGGCACCGGCUUUGACACCUCGUUUAGGCCCCGGUUUCCCAUUGUCGGGAAGGAUGGGGUGGACUUGCGGGAUGCUUUCAAGGACUUGCCCGACACUUACCUGAGUACCAUGACACACAAUUUCCCCAACUAUUUCAUGAUGCUGGGGCCCUUCGCGCCUUAUGGACACGGCUCAGUCAUCCCCGCUAUUGAGGUCAUAACUCGAAAUAUUGCUACGUUUCUCCAUAAAUUCCAGACUCAAAAUAUUAAGACGGUGAUGCCCAAGAAGGAGGCCAUGGCGGACUUCCGGCAGCACCGUGACCUAUUCAUGAAGAAGACGGUCUGGGACGCGCCGUGCACCUCGUGGUUCAAGUUGGGCCCUAAUGGCGAUACCGUCAUGAUGUGGCCGGGAAGCCGCCUCCACUGCUUCGAUGUCUUGCUGAACCCACGCUGGGAGGACUACGACUGGGAGUAUUUGAUGGGAAAUAGGUUUAGCUACUGGGGCAACGGCUUCACCACAGCGGAUGCUGAGGAGGAGGGGACUGACAAGGCGUGGUAUAUUGCGGGUGUAUGA